AUGAAACGACUUCAUAGCCUCCUUGCUUUUGUCGAGCGCAGGGCAAAGCUGAAAGUCAAGGGUGAUCACUGCAACGAUGUAGUCGAGCCUCCAGCCACAGGCACUGGCUACGAGCUGCGAGGUUGUUCCGACUCGCUUCAUGACCUAUCAGCAGAACUGUGCGUGCUCGGCUAUGACCAUCUUCCAAUGAGAAGGGUCUACACCACGGCUGCAUCCGAUGAAGGAGGGGCUCCCACCGUCGUCCUCAUCCUCCAAUUAUCGACCGUACGAUGUUGUCGAGUAACAGAACGAUUGCAAACGAAGCCGAGCCGGAGACCCUUAAGUCGACACAGCAUGCAGAACAAUCAGGAUCGUAGUCAGCCAUCAACAUCUGUACUAGGUUCAGUGUGUGCUUGGACAUCUCCGGUACGUCUAGGCAUGGAGGACCACCACCGACACUUCUGCGAGGCUCAUGACGACGAAGGUGGCACAAUCGACCAUGUGCAGGUCCAGACGUGGUCGCGGCUCGCCGAUCUUCACACAAACAAGAAUGUGGAAAUUGAGUUCACCGCAAUAUUCGACUGGCUAGAGGCAACACUCCUCGAUGAUUCUCACGGCCCUGAGUACACCUACGAAGACUUCGAAAGACACCAGAGUAUUGUGAAGAACCCGACGGCGACAAUGUUGAGGGAUCAGUGGAGAGUGAGCACCUUCAGAGAAGCAUUCAAGGGUGCCGAGAGGGGUAAAGAGGAGGAAUGA